AUGGAGCAAGAUGGCCGACAGGAAGUCGUCGCGUACGUCACAAACUCCAACAUGGAUACGGAAAAGGGCUUCACCCAAGAUGUCGGAUACAAGCUUUCACCGCCCGUCCCGUCAGUCGACCUGACAAAGCUGGAAAAUGAUGAAGAUACAAACUGGAGGCUCCAACCAGAAUUGCCGCACGCCAACUUCCGAAAAGCGACGAAGAGGGUGAAGUUUUAUUUCCCUCGGGAAGGACGAAGCCUAAAGCAUCUCGCUGAUGAGUGGAUCUGCUUCUCUGAUGGGACAAACUUCACGGAUUCCUCGGUCGGCUUUGUCGCAGACAUGUUCCCGCUGAUGGUUGAGUCAAUCAAGGGCGAAGGAGAGGGACCCUUUUGGUAUCCAACCCUCCUACUGAAUCUGGACAUCAAGAAAGCGCUGCCGCCGCAGGGAGUCAAGUGGCUGCAGGUUAGGGCGGGUAUGAAGAAGGUGGCAAACGGUAGGAUGGACUUGGAAGUGUGGGUACACAAUGCUGACGGCGAUCUGGUGGCUUUGAGCCAUCAUGUAGCAUUUGUGUUGGAUGCUGCUAGGAACACAGCCGCAAGGAAAACGGGCAAUGCGAAGAUCUAG